GGAGCGGGUGAAAGCCGGCCACGUGGGGCUGCUGGGGCGACAUGGCGAGACGGGAGCGGGGCUCCGAGCGGGGCCCCAGACCAAGGCUCUGCGGCGAAGUAUGUUCCAGCCCGGCCCCGGCCGCUGGUGCGGUAGAAAAGCUCCAGAGUGCAGCCAAGUGUCCCGUCUGCCGCGAUUAUUUCCGAGCCCCGGUGUCCAUCCACUGCGGGCACAGCUUCUGCCGGGCCUGCGUCAGCCAGUGCUGGGGGGAGUCGGAGACCAACUUCGCCUGCCCCCUGUGCCGGGGGACCGCCCCGCACAGAAGCCAGCGGCCCAACUGGCAGCUGGGGGACCUGGUGGAGGGGGUGAAACCCUUGCAGGAGCCCGAGGGGGAUCGAGUGCUAAAAAAACACAGGCAACCCCUGAAAUGGUUCUGCGAGGAGGAUCAAACCCUCGUCUGCGUGCUGUGUAAGAGAUCCCGGGCGCACCGCACUCACAGGGUGGUUCCCGUCCAGAAGGCUGCUCAGAAGUACAAGAAACCAAUCCAGACGCAAGUGCAGACUUGGAAGGAAAAGAUAAAAGAUCUCAGAUUCAGACAGUCCAAGGAGAGGAGAAAACAGAAAUGCCUGGAGAGCACAGGUGCUGAGAGACAGAAAAAUAUGCUGGAAAUUAUGCAACUGCUUCAGUUUAUGAAGGAAGACAUGGAAUUGGUGAUCUACGUAGGAGAGAGAAACUUUUUGAUGGAAAAUGUGGAGAAUAUGCAAAAUGAAUAUGUCGCCAAACUCUCUGCGGAGAUUUCCCGUCUCAGCGAGCUGAUCGACGAGAUGGAGGGGAAGUGUCGGCAGCCAGCGAGUGAAUUCCUGGGAGUGACUCUCCCCAGCACUGUGCUGAGAUCUCUGAUCUGA